GGCGGGACUUCCCGGCUCUGCCCAUGCAAGGCCCGCGCCUCCCGGCAGGCCGUGCGGUGCCGUACGGCAACAUGGCGGCGCCCGGAGUAGCGGCGGCGACGCUGGUACAGUACGUGGUGCUGCGGGGAGACCUGGGCCGGCCGCCCCGCUCGUGGCCGCUGGGCGCGGUGGUGGCUCAGGGCUGUCACGCCGCCCUGGCCGCCGCACACGCGCACCGGCAGCACCCCGACACCCGCGCUUACCUGGAGCAGGGCGGCGCCAUGCGCACCGUGGUGCUGGAGGCUCCAGACGAGGCUGCCCUGACGACGCUGGCACAGACCCUGAAGCAGCACAGCAUUGACCACGAAGUGUGGACGGAGCAGCCUGAGAACGUGGCCACCUGCCUGGCGCUCAGGCCCUACCCGAAGGACCAAGUGCACCAGUACCUGAAGAAAUUCAAAUUGCUGAAGUGAGCGGGAGUGGGCAGGGACAGCUCUCCCUGUGGGCCGGAGCUGAGCUUGUCCCCGGGCAGCCACCCAGAGGGAAGCUGCUGGCUUUUUGGGAGUGCUGUGCUAAGGCUCAGCAGCAGGUUGUCUCGUCGCACCUUGGCUGCAAGUUGCACAGUGUGAAGCAGCUCUGGAGUCUGUGUCGGGGGGGGAAUUAAAUGUUAUUCUGUGCAGAAA